UCCAGGCGCAUUCUUCGCGCGCUGCGCUCACUUAGCCAGGCAGCCUCCUCCUCCUCCUCAACACGGGCGCCUGAAGCCACAAACACCAGCCUGUCUUUCUCCCGCCGCUCCACUCCCGUACGGCCUCUCUUGGAGGCGGGGGCAAGGCUGAGCCCGCCCUUCCCUCUUCAGCCGUCCAGGACCCGUGUUGUCGCCCGGGAAACCAGCAACAUCUCCCGGCUUCCCAGGGCGGCUGCGACUAAAGCGUAAAAAUGUCAGAGAUCAUGAAGGAGAAAGCCACCCGCUUGGCCAAGAACAGAGGCAGCAUAUCUUCUUUGGGGAGCCAUGAGAUCAGAGCAAAGGAUUUUUUUGGAAGAAACAAAGACUCUAUAAGUACUGUGUCAUAUAUGGAUGAACCUGGCCACCAUGAGGAUAGCCUGCGUCCAGCUAUUCAGAUGGAGAACACAUACCAAUUAGGUCCUACAAAGUAUUUCCCAAUCACUGCUGUGAAUAACAUCUUGAAGGAUGUGGUAGUAAGUUAUCUACAGGAAGAACAAUAUGAAGCAGAGUUGUGCAGGCAAAUGACUAAAACUAUAUCUGAGGUAAUAAAAGCCAGGAUAAAAGACCUGAUGGUACCAAGAUACAAAAUUAUUGUGAUUAUAUACAUUGGACAGCUAGGUAAACAGAGCAUGCAGAUUGGAAGCAGAUGCCUUUGGGACACUACAAGUGACACUUUUUCUUCAUACUCCUUUAAAAAUAGAUCAUUGUUUGCUCUUGCAAAUGUCUAUGCCCUUUACUCUGAAUGAUGAUGCAAAAGAUGUGAGCUGAAAAACAAACUAGAUCUUAUUUUUGAAUUAUACUUCUAUCCACAUUGACAUGGUGAUAAGAUGUAUUAAUAAACUAAUGUGCAUAGUUGUUACAUUUGCUAAAUAAUCUAUUAAUUAUGGAAGAAAAAGUUAAAUUAUUUUUUGAGACACCACCAUUGUAAUUGCAACUAGUAACACAGCUGUUUGGUCCUGAAUACAGUGGUACCUAAAAAAUUGUGAGCCCUUUUGACUUUUCAGUUGCUCUGCAUUAAUGACAUAAAUGUGUAGUUUGGUAUCAUUUUCCUCAAUAAAUAAAUGAACAAGUAUAAUGUUCUUGACUCAGUUUAAUUGGGUUCUCUUUAGUGUGGAGAAUAGGUCCUAUUUUAAGUAAUAUUUGUGCAGAAAUAUUGAAAAUUCAGAAGGGUUCACAAACUAUUGCAGGUUUUCAGGAAGAGAUUCAGUAUCCCUGAUAUAAUUACCUGUGAUGGAAUAAUAGGUUUAAAUGUGAGAUCCAAUUACCUGUUUACAUUCUUGAAUAAUGAUUGGUGUAAAAGCAUAAUAAGCAGAUUUGUUUAUAUUUAUACAGGUAAUUAGUUUGAAAGGUAAGCUGAUCCAUUAGAAACACAAUUUGGCUUUUCUGAGAAAAGUAUAUGUGUUAAUAGAAAGGCAGUGGGAAACUAUAUGGUACAAAUUAGAUAAUAGCAGUAGUAAUUAAAGUGUUGUUCCCUUUCUUUUUGUAAAACGAUUAGAUAAGAACAUGAUUGGUUAAGGAACAGUCCACCCCUAAGAGGCUGCCUAUUGAGCAGCUACAACUAAAUAAUAUAAUAAUAUAAAUACCUUUGUUUCCCUAAAAAUAAGGCCCUGUCUUAUAUUUUUUGAACCCCGAAAUAAGCGCUUGGCCUUAUUUCCGGGAGGUCUUAUUAUUUUGGGGUGUAUGGAGCAAGAUGGGGCUCUCUUGCUGUCUUACCUGAUUUCCAGCUCUGCAUUUAAAUAUUUUUGGGGAGGGCUUAUUUUCAGGGGGAGGCUUGUUUUGGCGCAUGCACUCAAAAGCCCGAUUGGGCUUAUUAUCAGGGGAUGUCUUAUUUUCGGGAAAACAGGGUAUAAAUAAAUCACUUGCUAAAUGUAUUGAUAAAUUGGAUAAAGUUUAAAAAAAGAAAUCUAAAGAUUUGAUUUGAAAUAAAGAUAUGUAGAAACCAUUUGUGGCUACCUUUUGUCUAUUUGUAUUUAUAUUUUUCAAUUAAUAAAUACAUGAUAACCCAUCUUAAAAGAUCAAGACGCACAAGAAUAAGUAGCCCAGAUGAAAGCACCUGAUUUGAAGCCGAUUUAAAUUUCAGGCAUGAAAUGUUGGAAUCACAGUAAGGCAGUCACAAAACUUUGCAGCUUAUGAGUAGAGAUUAUGAGUAGAGACAUCACAGUCACCACCUGAAACCCGUAGUCCAAUGGAGGCAACUUUCCUCCCCCCAUUAAAAUGCAUCUGGAAUGAGGCUAUGAGGUGAGAGUAGUGUGGAUUAUCUGACUGCUAGCUGCAGCUGUUGUGGAUCACUGACCAAUUCUUGAAACCAAAAGUUUUUCAAUCAAGAAUGUUUCCUAUCUCUGUAAAAAAAAAAAUUGCAACAUUCUCAUUCCUGCACUCCUCUCCCAAAUACGUUUUUUUCCACCCACCAAACAUUUAUCAUCACUAUUUGCAAGUUUCCUUGCAAAAACUUCCAAAGCAUCUUUAUUUUGAGAUCAGUCCAGGCAAAAAGUUAUUAGAAGAAUAAACAUUGAAAUGCAUAGAUCAAUAUUGUCUCUUCUGGCUGUCAUUCCAGGAUUUCAGUCAGGAUUUCUAUUAGCUUUAUCAUGGAUUAAAGCUCCUAAACUGAACCACAAAGCUCUAGUCAUUCAUUCAAACUGUUCUUUGAACUCCCUAAGAAAGUGAAACAUGUUCAGAGAUUUUUUUUAAU